AUGCAGGCCAUGCCGGACACGCGGCAGCAGAGCUUUGACGAGAUUUACGGGCCGCCCGAAAACUUUCUCGAGAUUGAGGUCCGCAACCCUCGCACGCAUGGCAUCGGGCGGCACAUGUACACCGACUACGAGAUCCUGUGCCGCACCAACAUCCCCGCGUUCAAGCUGCGCCAGAGCAGCGUGCGGCGGCGGUACUCGGACUUUGAGUACUUUCGCGACAUCCUCGAGCGCGAGAGCGCGCGCGUCACCAUCCCGCCGCUGCCGGGCAAGGUCUUUACGAACCGCUUCAGCGACGACGUCAUCGAAGGCCGGCGCGCGGGGCUGGAGAAGUUUCUCAAGAUUGUCGUCGGCCACCCGCUGCUGCAGACGGGGAGCAAGGUCCUCGCGGCCUUUGUGCAGGAUCCGAACUGGGACCGCAACGCGUGGUGA